AGCCGACUUAAAAUCCAAGGAUUUACAAAAAUCAAAUCAUAGUGUCAUCAAAACGCAGCAGAUUUAUUAGAACUUUAACUCAUACAGCUUUUUUUCUUGACAUAUUCACAAAGGCUUUACAUGAAUUAAGCUUCUUUUUUGAGAUCACUCACACACAUACUCAUAUCAUCCUUCUCCUUCUUUCCUAUUCAUUUGCUAUUUCUGAUCUUGGGCACCUGUUAUCAAUCUUCAAUUCAAAAGAAAAAAGAAAGAAAAAACAACACAAUCCUGAAGACUAAAGGAUUUUCAUUUAUCCUCCUUAAUUAUUAGCAAACAAAUACUUGAAAGAGGCAAGACUAGGAGUAACAAGAAAAAGCAACUAAUUCCACAGAAGAUUUAUUGAAACCAAAAAUCAAUGAACAUUUCAAACACUACAAUGACAUCGGUUACAGCCAUACCAAACAACAACACUCACCCCGUAAACACUCCAAAUAACAGUACUAACAGUCACAAUAUAAACCAGUCAUGUAAAAUACCAAAAUUUAAUUUACAUGAAUCAGUUGGUAAUUACGAUUUUGAAAGUUAUUCUAGCGUAGAUCACGUCUAUCCCUUGAAUAAACGUCCUAUUAAGCAUGACUUUGAAAAAUUCACUACAUCGCAGACAAUUGAUUUCAAUGCUGAAUUAACACAAAUGAAAUUAAGUAACGUGAGGAAAUCAAUACCACACAAUUUGUUCCCCAACAAUCAAAACAAAUUAAUAGAGAAGGGAACAAAACCUUUUGACUUUAAAAAGGAAAAUGAACGGUAUAGUAAGACACUGAGUAACAACAGUAACAGUAUUAAGCAUGUAACAAGCAAUAAUAGUAAUAAUAACGGUCAAAAUAUCAUUAGUGAAGGCUUGUUUUCAUCCGGUAACUUUGUCAACACCCUAACUAUUGGUAUUACUGGAACCACUUCUUCGGUGAAUCCUGAUAAUUCUUUUCAUAACACCACACUAGCAACAGCACCUAAUCUUUUCACUAAGUCAAAGCACCAAACACCGUCAAAGGGAUUCAGUGAUCAAAUGAAGCCAAAUAUGGAGACAUUUGAUUCUAAUGCAAAUACAAAUAAUUUAUCAUUUAAUAAGACGCAUUCCUGUCGUCCACAGUUCACUAAGCGUCAACGUCGGCAAAGAACGCAUUUUACAAGUCAGCAAUUACAAGAAUUGGAGGCAACAUUUGCAAGAAAUCGUUAUCCUGAUAUGAAUUUACGUGAAGAAAUCGCCACUUGGACGGAUCUUUCAGAAAGUCGUGUUCGAGUUUGGUUCAAGAAUCGUCGUGCAAAAUGGAGGAAACGUGAGCGACAUCUAGACGCUGUAUUACGCGGAACGCUCACGAAUCCGUUUGUUCCACUAAUUCGCGCAGGAGUUGGUCAAACAUCUUGUGGAUUGGGCAGUUAUUCACUGUGUGGUACAGCCGGACAUGGUUUCCAUUCAGCAGGACAAAAUCAGAUAUCCAAUGCAAUUUUAACAUUUUCGCAACCACAAGUCAACUAUUUUCAAAAUUCUUCUGCCAAUAACUGCCGUAGCACAUACCCAUUUGUAUCUGCCUCAUAUGAUAACGUAGUUCCAAGUCUGCCGAACAGAACUAGUCCAAACCUUUUUAAUCCUCCAUUUCCUUACUUUGCUAACAAUCGGACUGAUGUAGAGGAUAUUCACAAUUAUUCGGGUGGACUAUCAGAUUCAUAUCCAUUUAAAUCUACCAGCACUACUAACAAUGGAUCCUCUUACUCAAACUCAUACUGUUCAUAUCCAAAUGGAAUGAAUCUAAAUACAGGGUUGCCAUCUGGAAUAACUAAUUCAUCCUGGAUGAAUAACUUAAAUAACUGUGAAUAUUCUAACGACAUCAGUAAUAAUACAACAUCUUCUACAGAUUUCAGUGUUGCAGCCUUUGCUGCAUCAAAUAUGUUAAAUACGUACUCAUCAGUGAUUCAUGGGAUCAAUUCGACAAACUUCCUUGGUUUGAAUUCGUCCAAAGAGGCAAGUAAUUCCUUGCCUUCAUUAUCAUCUUCAUCAUCGACACCAGCAUUUUUACCAAGCAACACAAACAGUCAGCCCGUUCAUCAACAAAUCCAUUGUUUAAAUCAAAUACAAGAUACAGGCUUAUCACAAGGGCACACAUCUUCUAGUAGUGAAAACAGUCUUAAUAGCAGUAACAGUUUUGAAACAAAUACAGUCAAAUCGUCAUCAUUAGCACAAACAAGUUUACCAGACUGGUCAGCCAUCAGUAAAUCUGUUAACACAACACAAUACAUAAACAAUACACCUUUGAUAAAAACUAGCCCAUGCGUAAAUGAUGAUGAUGGUGACGAUGAUGGUAAUCAAGACGACAGUAAAAUGUAUUCAGGUCAUUUCCCACGAGAUGGUAUAAACAGUUCCCUAAGAAAUCUGAAAGAUAAUAAGGAUUACUUGAAAGUGUCACAGGCAUGUGAAAGCAAGCCUUCAGUUUGUCAGGCGUUAUGGAGAGAUUACAACAGUAACAAUACCAUCCAUGAUUCGGAAAUGACAGAUAGUUUCAACUUUGAUAAUUUUAUUCAUCCCUUUAUAAGAAAACAUGAAACUUGUUUCAAUGCGAAUGAAGCUUCUGAAUCUAUAGAUCGUGUAAAUGUGCCUGCUGGUUUCUCAUUACCGUUUUCUUCAUCUCAAUCAUCAUCGUCUUCAUUUAUACCUUCAGUGUUAAAUUCAAUAUCUGCGAAAACAUAUGAAAAUCUUCAGUUAACUAACUCGCAUACGAAUGAAUUACUUCUAGAUAAUAAUGUUACCCGUAAAAUAAGUGAACAACCUUUAAAGUUAGAAGAACCAUUCAGUCGAUCAUUAAUUCACUAUCAACAACACCGCCAGCAAACGCGUCAACCACACGAGCAUAUGAGUGAGCCUGUACUAAUGAUGCCUAGCAAUUCAAAUAAUUUUCCAUUUCUGCCAACUGCUGCUAUGAUGGCUGCUGCUGCAGCGGUAAAAAUGAAUUCCAAUGCAUGCAACGCUACAAAUUUAAAUGAUACAAAUAGUACUCUAAACAUUACACCAAUAUCUUCAGCUAAAAUGUCAGCAGUUACACUCACAAAUCCCGCAUUGCCAAGAUGGCAAACCAACCUAGGCAAAUUAAGUUCUGUAACGGAAACCUGCGGAACGGAUACAUCAGUAUUCAUGCCAUCCGCUUCAUUGACAUCAAGUAUUCUUAGUGAUAAUCAACAGACACAAGAGAGUUAUAGAAACUCAAUGUUUACGCGGUACGUUCUGCCACAGGCUAAUUUCGAAACAAAUCAACUGUGUACUGACAAUCAAACUUCAGGUUCCAAUCUUAACCAAAUAUGUCAUUAGUCUGAGAAGCAAUAAAACAGUUUUUCGUGAAAAUGACUAUAAAUUAUUCACUUGAUUUAUUCAUAUAUAUAUAUAUUCAUCGCUUUUGCUUUUCUUCCUAAUUUCCAUUUUAAGUGUUUGUUUCCUCAAGUUGUAAGACAAAGUCAAUCUAGAAAACAGCUAAUUAAUAAGUGUAUUUUAGACUACUGACAAUAAUAUACGUUACAAAGUAAUGUUCUCUUACUUAACUUGAAAUCACCUCGUAAACAUUUCAGUCUUAAUAAAUCUUUUUUUUUUAAAAAAAACUAUGGAAAAACGACCUUAUACAUUUAUUUGUUCAUACAUCAUGAAAUGAGUGCUCUUUGAUUUAUUUCAUUUGCUGUCUGUUAAACAUUUAAAUGAAGUCAUCAUCCCUUCGGUGUAUAUGCGUAUUUUGCUUUCAAGGAAUUGCAUAUUAGAUUCAAGUGUUAAAAUGUCAAUACUUUACAUUCCAU